AAUAUGUUGAAAUUGGUGAAAUGAAGCGCACGGACCAGUGCACCAAAAAUUAGCCUUGCUUUCUCCGCAAUGAUGGCAAAAUGUUGGCAAGAGGUGAUGGAAUGGAACUCUGUGCAGCGAAUUCUUCUCGAUUAACCGCUGUAUAUCACCGGACCAUACUCGGUAUCACUGAAGACUUUCGCCACGAAGUUGCAUGGUGCGUCUCGCAAAAAAUACUGGACAGGCUAUGGGAUGAGGAUGGCGCAACAUCAGCGGGCGAAUGCGAGAAAGCCAGCCAAAAUGCAAGACCGGCAUUCAUCAAUGCUUCCGCAGAAAAUUCUCCUGUGCGUAUUUUAUUGUGUUGCCAGGGAUGUGGCUUUCGCCUACACCCCGGAUGGGGAGGAACCACCCUUCGGAUUCAACGACCAAAAAUCCCAUGCUCCAGCUCAGCCAAGAAGACCCUUCGACGGCGAGAGCAGCGGAGACGAAGAAAGGCAACUCGAGCCGAAGAAUCGAGAUCGAAGGACCACAACAGGAGACGGUUUCUAGCGGUUGCUCCCAGCAGCACCGUUGAGUCGACUGGUCUUGAGAUAGGUGUGAUUUUGCGCGAUGAUUCAAGCAUCAGUCGAUUGGAUCGCAACCAUCUAGUGUUGACAUGUGGCAAUUGUCAACACAAGACAUACUUGAAGGGCUUGCGACGAGAAUUGGAAAACGCCMAUGCAGGCUUUGCCAAGUCUGCACUGCAAAGUUCUGUUGCAACUCAGAGCCAGAAAGGACCGGGAAAAGCGCCCGCUGCUGCGUGCGUGCGCCCGCAUGACCUAGGUCAAAGCUUUGAACUCGUUCCAAAACUCGAACGAAAUCCCUCUGCAUGCAUUGCAUCGGCCAGCAAAACUUCCAGGAUAAGUGCGAAUGCAACUUCAUCUACUCUUUCGCUUUUGGAACAGAAAGGUGGCCGUAAAAAGAAGAGAAAGAAAUCGGGAUCUAAUCCGACUAACCAGAAAUCGGGGAACCUCCUCAGUUUCUUGUCAUCUUUAAAUGAUCACUAGUUCAAGUCAAAGGUAAGAACAUCGAUGGAACCAAGGAAUCCUCAAAUCACUUUCAUCCAAUGAACGAAUCGAAGUGAAGAACACUAUUCUUUCCCCGUCAUAUCGAUACAUGCAGACACUUGAAAGGCCCUGUCCCUUUAGCCAGUGGACUACCUAGGGUAAAUUCGGAUCGGUUUAUUUGUUCAUUACGAGAGUAUUGUGACUCCCUACGCUUGCUUGCUGUGCUAUUCCUGGCAAUAUUGAGCUUAUCACUAUCUUUCUAUCCAAUUUGUCUCUCUCUUUCAUGAUACAGACAAGUUAUUAAUCGGAAAUCUCAUCCCUGAUUGGGAAAAACUGUCAGUCGAUAGUCACGGUGUAUCAAACAGCAGAUAUCAAAUAUUGAAUAUUAUCCUAUUAAUCUGUUCCUAAAUCCGAUUUGGUUAUUUACUUUGCUCUCCCAAGUAUUGGUGUCUUCAAUAUCAUUGUCUUUUAGUAGUUGCACAUGUUUUUUUUGCAACUAAUAACAAUUCAAGGAUCCG